AUGCGGCAUAGAAAUGAGGGAGAGCAUUUCCUGCAAUCUGCAUAUUUGAAGAAAGGAAAGGAAGAGCACCAUAAAUUAUGCUUCUUGCUAGAGCCCAAACUUGUCUCUUCCAUCAUGAGCGCCAUUCAUAUGAAAGUGCGCAAAUGUCCUACGGAUGAACUAGCAGUAACCAACUGUGCUGUUGUAAAUAGAGAUGAUUUCAAUUCGCAGGGAGUAAAACAUGUGCAAAUGCAAACUGGACCGGGUCAUCGUUAUGUCGUUACCAUCCGCAAUCAUCCCACUAUGAAGCGUGGUGAAAUUGCGUUCGCCAUAGCGCAAAGAAAGUGGGCUGUGCUUAGCUUGGAUCAAGAAGUAAUUGUACAGCCUUACGCUUUCAAGAGUAACCAAUAUAUUGGCACAAUAACCAUGUCGGCCGACUUUCAACUAAAAAAGAAUGCCACCGUGGAGCCAUUGAACUCUGACUUAAUGGCUCGGGAAUUUUCCAUGCAAUUUGGAGGAAUGGCUUUCACGAAAGGCGAACUUCUCAUAUUUCAAUUCACUGAGCCAGAGAAAGGCAAAACCUACACACUGUCACUCGUCGUCAAGAGUAUAGACGGCAUCGAUCUCAACUCUGCUGCUGCUGGUGACGAAAAAUCUAAACCUUUCCCAAUUGACUGCGGACAGCUUUUGCCCAACUCUGCUAUAAUUUUUGAUAAAGAAGAAGGAUCUCAGCUGAACCUCAUAGGAAAGAGUAAAGGAAAAUCGGCGUACCGAUCCAUUAUUAACCCUGACUGGGAUUUCCAGAAGAUGGGAAUUGGUGGACUGGACAAGGAGUUCUCAGGAAUCUUCCGUCGAGCUUUUGCUUCACGAGUCUUCCCUCCCGAAUUUAUUGAGCAACUUGGGAUGAAGCACGUGCGUGGUAUCCUCCUUUUUGGUCCACCUGGUACCGGUAAGACUUUGAUGGCUCGCCAAAUUGGUAAGAUGUUGAACUCCAGAGAGCCGAAGAUUGUCAAUGGUCCACAGAUCUUGGACAAGUACGUCGGCGAGUCAGAAUCGAAUGUGCGAAAACUGUUUGCCGAUGCUGAAGAGGAGUGGAGAAGAUGUGGAUCAAAUUCAGGUCUUCACAUCAUCAUCUUCGACGAAAUCGAUGCCAUCUGCAAGCAGAGAGGUUCCAUGGCUGGAUCUUCAUCAGUCCACGAUACCGUAGUUAACCAGCUACUGUCAAAAUUGGAUGGUGUUGAACAAUUGAACAACAUCUUGGUCAUAGGUAUGACGAACAGAAAAGACAUGAUUGAUGAAGCCCUGCUCCGACCGGGUCGUCUUGAAGUCCAGAUGGAAGUCAGCCUCCCAGAUGAAUUUGGACGUCUUCAGAUCUUCAAGAUUCACACUUCUAGAAUGCGAGAGUACAAAAAGCUCGAUCCGGAUGUGAAUUUGGAAGAUUUGGCUAAGCGCACCAAGAACUUCUCAGGUGCUGAAAUUGAAGGUCUGGUGAGAGCAGCUCAAUCAAGUGCCAUGAAUCGUCUUGUCAAAGCUGGAGGGAAGGUGCAACUAGACCCCAAUGCGGUGGAAAAAUUGGUGGUCAAUGCAUCUGACUUCGAGUAUGCGCUGGAAAACGAUAUAAAACCGGCGUUUGGAAGGAGCGAUGAAUCCCUCGAAAAGUUCUUGAGACGAGGCAUGGUUGUGUGGGGAAGCGAGGUAACGAAAAUCCUCGAAGAGGGUCAGAGGCUUGUUGAAGAAACUGUCAAUCCAGAUGCUGGAGGAUUUGUUACGGCCGUACUUGCUGGUGCUCCAAGAACAGGGAAAAGUUUCCUAGCUGCGGAAAUCGCUAGAGCUUCAGAUUUUCCCUUGAUCAAGGUUAUUUCCCCCGGUGACAUGGUGGGCUUCUCGGAGUCUGCGAAAUGUCAAAUGCUUCGAAAAGCGUUCGGUGAUGCGUUCCGCUCUAAACUUAGUGUCCUUCUGAUAGACAACAUUGAACGAUUGCUUGACUACUCACCUGUUGGUCCAAGGUUUUCCAAUCUUGUUCUUCAAGCUUUGCUUGUGUUGCUUAACGAGCCACCACCACCGGAACAUCGUUUACUUGUCUUGGCAACGUCAUCCAAUCGCUCUUUCCUUCGAGAGCUCGAGUUGAUCAAUGCAUUUGGCCAUGUGAUAGAUGUCCCCCUUUUGUCGACACCUUCGCAUAUCAUGCAUGUUCUGCAAGAAUCGGAUGUCUUCUCUCAUGAAGAAUUGGAGAAGCUCAAUCGCGAUCUGCAUGGUCUCUUACAAAAUAACAGCUAUGGUAUCGGCAUCAAACGUCUCUUGGGUGUUAUCGACUUCUGCCGUAAAUGCGAGGAAGGAUACAGAGCACAGAUGCUGUUCAACAAAAUCGAAGCCAUCGCUUUGGGAAUGGAAUAAACCAAGGUUUUGUCUUGCGAACCAGUCGCGAAUCUCGAGUUUGAAAAGAGUAAUAGUAAGCUAGAUGAUGUUUCUGGGCGGUUGCAAAUUCUUUGUACUGUAGUUGUACGGUAGGUGGUGCUUGUCUUUUUGCGAAAAUCACGCUUGAAGUGAUUUUGUCAGCUAAGCUUUACCCUUUGAUUGUCAUUGUGUGUGGCGCAUUCACAGUUGGACCACUUGUUUCGUCACUUGAAAACUCCAUUCUGUCAUUUUUAUCCCCUUGUUUUGAUCAAAAGUGAAAUUAAUAACAUUCCAUAUUUAUUUUGUGUUUUUGUAAUAAUUUAUUGAAAGCAUCAAGCUAGAGCCGAGUCUUGGGAUAAUAACUCUGAAAUUUUUGUGUUGUGCGACCCAUGCGUCAUGUGCAACAAGCGCUGUGCAAUUUUGUAAUUGUCGUAUAUGUUGUGAUAGGGAGAC